GGGGCUAAUCGAAUGCUCAUAGCGGCAGACUCUUAUGAAGAUUUGUCUCUUCAUACAUACAACAAUAUCGAAGUUAAAAAAGGAAGCCGUCGAACUGGGUCCAUUGCUGCUAUCUCCAGAGAGGGUGCAGUUUCCGAGACGGACAAUGAUCAAGUGUUAACUGUGGCAGAGACACCGUCAGCAGAGGAUGAAGGACAUUCUAGUCAAGAUGAAAUCUUAGUAAAUGGUCAGGAUUUGGCUGGCGCAUUAGAAAAGUUGAAGGCAGGAGAUGUUGAUAAUGCUUCACAGGUCAGACCAGAUCCUGACAGUCCAAGGGAGCUAAUUUCAGAUGAAGACGACGUUGGGGGCCCACGGUGGAGAGCUCAUAGAAAACAUGUGUUUAUUCUCAGUGAAGCUGGCAAACCAAUUUAUUCAAGGCAUGGAAAUGAAGACAAACUUGUGACGAUAAUGGGUGUGAUGCAGGCACUUGUUUCGUUUGUUCAAGACUCCAAAGACAGUAUCCGCUCCAUUGUGGCAGGGGAUCACAAAUUUGUGUUUUUAACAAGAGACCAUCUUGUUUUAGUGGCAGUGUCAGGAGGCACAGACUCUUCCGCCCAGUUAGUGCACCAGUUAACAUAUGUAUAUAAUCAAAUUCUCAGUGUGCUCACUCACAGUCAACUUUCACGGAUUUUCAAAGAGCGAAGAAAUUAUGACUUACGACGUCUUCUGACUGGUGCAGAAAAAUUUGUUGACAAUUUGCUGAAUAUGAUGGAUGUUGCAAGUUUCAUGCUGGGAGCAGUACGAUGCCUGCCUUUGGAUAGCGGUGUCAGAGACACUGUCGCUCAAACAAUAGUGCAAUAUGCAAAAACAAAGGAUUUAGUAUUUGCCAUUAUGAUUGCCAAUAACCAGCUAGUUACAUUGGUUCGGAUGAAGAAAUAUUAUCUCCAUGCCAUGGACCUUCACCUGAUCAUUAAUCUCGUCAAUGCAUCAGAGUCUUUCAAGGCUGCAGAGUCCUGGACGCCAAUCUGCUUACCAAAGUUUGAACCCAGUGGGUUUCUCCAUGCUCAUAUUUCCUACCUGGAUGACAGCUGUCAGGUGUGCCUAUUGCUACUUACGGUUGACAGAGAUUCCUUCUUUACUCUCUCUGAGAGUAAGCAAAAAAUAUUUGAGAAACUCAACAAAAAUAACUGUUUGAAUGCUAUCAGCCAGUCUUUAACGAGAACAAGCUACAGCACUCAAGAAUGCGGAAUCAAUGACCUACGACAUUUCCUGUACAAGUCUCGAAGCACCUCCCAGUACACGAGUCCAGAGCUAGAUGCACCAUACCUUGCUCCAACUCAGCAAGAAAGACUCUUUGGCCUCUAUCAAUACCUGCAUCACCGUAUCCAUUCCACGUCUAGGCCGCUGAAGUUGUUAUACCAUGUAGGACCUUACGAGACACUGCUUGGCUGGGUUACAACAGGGUUUGAGCUUUAUUUGGUGUUUGGACCUCUUGUUACAAAACCAGCAGCUAUUCAUGCGAUAAACAAACUCCUACGCUGGAUAAAACGAGAAGAGGACCGCUUGUUUAUCUUGAACUCUGUGUCUUUUUAAGAAACUUUUAUGUGACAUUGGUAAGCUUUAGGACGGUGUAGUUCCAUCUUUUACUGACUGACAAUGUGUAAGUGCACAUUGAUCAAGAAGCCAAUGUAUGCACCGUCUGGUUGUAUUUUUUAAAUGUUGCCAUUUUGUGAACUGUGAUCAUGAUUGACCCAUAUACAGGAAAUUCAUUUGUGACAGGUUAGCAGUUUAAUCAUGAACCCUGUGAAUGAAGUAGCAGUUUCUUAUAUUGUUGUGUUGUGUCACCUGAACUUGAUUAUAUUCAUAUUGUCCUUACAUUUACUCUUUUCAUCAAACUCUGAAACUUUGUGGCAUGAAGUGUUACAUGUAGUUGAAAAUCUCCCCCCCCCCCUCCCUGUUACCACCAAUAAUGUGAAUAUAUUCUGAAACAUGUCUGAAGGGUAACCAUGAGACGUACUUAAUAAAUUGAACUGAAAAAAUAUGGCAUAGAGAAUUCAUUAAGUUCAUGGGCUUUUUUUAUGAAAUGUGUAAAUGACAAGUUGAAGGAAGAGACUGGAAAUUCAUGCUGAAAGGAAUAUUUCAUCACUUUACACUCUCUCUGUGAAAUGUGCAUGUGCAUGAAAGAAAAUUAUCUCAAAGCAUGUUUGCCAAAACAAAUGAAUAGGACAAAAUAAAUGGUAUGUCUACGGGGGAAAAAGGUGCAGAAUUUUAUUCAAACACUAUUUUCCAAAAACUGUCUUUGUAACUGUUCAAACUGCGCUAAAAUGGCCAAAAUUGAUAGCCAUCAUGCUUUCUGUAUUCCUGAGUAACAUUACUGUUAUUGACCUUGCAUUUUCAAAAUGGCAUUGCAGUUAAAGAAUGUAAGCCAUCUUCCAAGAAAGGUGCACGAAAAGCCAACCUCAUCCAUACUGUCUUUCGUCAGUUUCUACAUGAAACAUGGAAUAUGGGUAGUCUCGCGCGAAUAAAAGCAGUUUGAAUAUGGGUUUACCUGUGUUAUAACAGACAAGAAAGGAAUGCCAGUUGUCCUCACUUGUGGUGUAGCAUACAAAAGAGCUGUAACAAGGCAGUCAUCUUCCAUAAUACAUGUUGUGUCUGCCCAGUUUAAUUGAGUGAAGGGAACGUUUUCAUGGGAGUGACAAAGUUGACGAUUCAUUUUUUCUUUUUUUGGUUUUAAUUAAAAUUACUAAAUUGAAUAUAGAAGGAAUACCGUAAAUGGAGCAGCAGUGGAGGUGUAUGAACGUAUGAACAUUGUGAUGUACUUGUAUUUUUGUUUGGUGUUUACACCUCAUUGAUUUAGGUGUAUGUGAUAGUAUAAACUUUGAGUGUGUACAGACUUAUCUGUUUUAUGGACAUCAUUCAUUUGGGAGAUGUGAUUUAUUAUUUUCUUUGCACAAAAUGUGAACUUUUUACUUUGAAUGAUACUUAUUUAUUACAUAACUGUACAGUAUUUUUAUACUUUCUCGGUGAGUG